CAUCGCCAAAUCUCAUCAGCAAAAACCCCUAUAUCUAUCUUCCGCUUUUCUCCCCCAUUCUCUCUCUAAAUUCUCAAUCCGAUUUCACUUUUGUAAAUUCUCAGUCCACUGCUCUAUCUAAUCAGAAUUUUAUAGGAUUGAUACGCUUAAAUUUUUUAAUUAUAUAAAAUAUAUAUAUUUAUUGGCAUAAAAUUGUGGGAAUUUUCAUUUUCGAUCUAUAAUUAUCUGGGUAUUUAUGUGUUGUUUAGAUUGAAUUGAUAAACAUAAGAUACUUGGGUGGGUUUUUGAAUCAAGAAUGAAAAUUGAAUCUACAAGGAAUUGAUAAUAAAAGAAGAAAAAUGCCGGGUUUAGCACAGAGAAAUGAUCACCAAUUGGGUGGGUCGGAUUCGGGUAAUGGGUUCUGGUCAAAGCAUAACGAUGGCAUCGGCCACAAUGAGCUACAGAAGUUCUGGAGCGAGCUAUCACCUCAAGAGAGGCAGGAGCUUCUGAGGAUUGAUAAGCAAAUCCUUUUUGAGCAAGCUCGUAAGCACAUGUACUGUUCUAGAUGCAAUGGGUUACUGCUUGAAGGGUUUUUGCAAAUUGUCAUGUAUGGAAAGUCUUUGCAACAGGAGGGAGCGCGUGCGAACCACCCUUCUGGCAGAGUAAGGGCCUUGAAGAAUCAGUGUGAUGGGGGUUUGUGUGUGAAAACAGGUUAUGAGGAUGACGCUCAAGAUCCAUCCGUCCAUCCUUGGGGAGGUCUGACCACGACACGAGAUGGAGCACUUACCUUAUUGGACUGUUAUAUAUAUACAAAGUCCUUGGAGGGGCUUCAAAAUGUGUUUGACAGUGCACGUGCAAGGGAACGGGAGAGAGAACUGCUUUAUCCUGAUGCAUGUGGUGGAGGUGGUAGGGGUUGGAUAAGCCACGGAAUGACAAGCUACGGCAGAGGGCAUGGAACAAGAGAAACAUGUGCUCUUCAUACAGCUAGGCUUUCCGUCGACACAUUGGUGGAUUUUUGGUCUGCCCUUGGAGAAGAGACACGACAAUCUCUUUUAAGAAUGAAGGAGGAGGAUUUCAUUGAAAGGCUCCUUUACAGGUUUGAUAGCAAGAGGUUUUGCAGAGAUUGCAGAAAGAAUGUUAUCCGUGAGUUCAAGGAGCUGAAAGAAUUGAAGCGUAUGCGCAGAGAACCUCGUUGCACUAGUUGGUUCUGUGUUGCAGAUACUGCUUUCCAGUACGAGGUUUCUAAUGACACAAUCCAUGCUGAUUGGCAUCAGACUUUCAUUGACAACUUUGGGACAUAUCACCACUUUGAAUGGGCAGUGGGAACUGGAGAAGGAAAAUGUGAUAUAUUGGACUAUGAAAAUGUUGGCUUGAGUGGAAGAGUUCAAGUUAAUGGUCUUGACUUGGGUGGUUUGAAUGCCUGCUACAUCACUUUACGCGCAUGGAAAAUGGACGGCAGAUGUACCGAGCUUUCAGUCAAAGCACAUGCCUUGAAGGGGCAACAAUGUGUACAUUGCAGGCUUGUGGUUGGGGAGGGUUUUGUAACAAUAACAAGAGGUGAAAGCAUUAGAAGGUUCUUUGAGCAUGCUGAAGAAGCUGAAGAAGAAGAGGAUGAUAACUCCAUGGACAAGGAUGGAAAUGACCUGGAUGGUGAAUGUUCCCGUCCUCAAAAACAUGCGAAGAGUCCUGAACUUGCACGAGAAUUUCUUCUAGAUGCUGCAACUGUAAUUUUUAAAGAGCAGGUUGAAAAAGCUUUUAGAGAAGGAACAGCACGGCAAAAUGCACAUAACAUAUUUGUCUGUCUUGCAUUGAAGUUGCUAGAGGAGCGUGUACAUGUUGCCUGCAAGGAAAUUAUUACUUUAGAAAAGCAGAUGAAACUUCUUGAGGAAGAAGAGAAGGAAAAGCGUGAAGAAGAAGAACGCAAGGAGCGGAGGAGGACAAAAGAAAAGGAAAAGAAACUUCGGAGGAAGGAGAGAUUAAGAGAAAAAGAAAAGGAUAGAGAGAAGAAAGGUUGUGAAUCAAAUGAAACUAAUUUUGUUCCUGAUGAUUCAAAGGAGGAGAUUUGGAGGAAGGAGAGAUUAAGGGAAAAAGAAAAUGAUAUAGAGAAGAAAAGUUGUGAACCUAACCAAACCGAUGAUGUUCCAAAGGAGGAGUCAACACCUAGUGUUGAUGAUGAUGAGUCGAAUUUGAUAAGCAAAAGGGGUUCAGUGAGUGAAACGGGUGAAGUCAAUCGUUCCAGUCCUUUAUCCCCUUUAUCCCCGGAUAACGAAUAUGAUCUACUUUUGGAUAGGUAUCAUCGCUCGAAUAUGCAAAUCCACUCUGAUGACUAUCCUGAGGAAUUCAAUAUUAAAGAUAUGAGUUCUUCUGUAAGUGAUCAUUUGAGAUACUCCCGGCGGAGGUCGAAAUUUCGAAAUGAUUCCCAACCAGAUUCAGGCCUGAAAUGGUUUGAUAGACGACGGUUUGCUGUUGUUUCAGAGAGCGGAGGUGUAGUGAGCAAGCAUGACCCAAGACAUUACUGUGAUGACUUUGGAGCUUCUAAAAGUACUAAUAGGUUGAAUAAGCAACUAAGAAAUAAUGUUGCAAAGUCCAACAUACAUAAUGGUACCUCCAAGUUUGCGGAGAAGCUCCAAUGUUCAAAUAAUAAGAGGAUGAAUGACCGAUAUGACUCUGCCGCUUGCAGCUGUAACCAACACACCGAUUAUAGAUCGAAGUUGGAUCCAAAUAUGGCCAGAGAAAUACACGAUAACAAACCUGUGAGUAAGUCAGCAUCUUCAUCAGAUAUCUCCAAGCAGUAUUAUCAUGGGAACAAAUAUAAUCAACUCGAAUACAUGCGAGAAAGUGGUAGAAGACUCAAAAACAGAAUGACUACAGGUAAUAAUCUGUCCAGCUGGGAUUCUCCUGUUACUAAGAAAGUAUGGGAGCCAACAGAAUCACAGAAGAAGUAUCCAAGAAACAGCUCCGACUCUGAUCUUACAUUGAGUACUGAAACUCUAGAGGAUCCAGAAUAUUCGAUUUCCAAUAGUUCGGAAGUAUCUAGUCCUCUUCAGAUCCAUCAUGAAGAAAAGGACGUUCAAGAAUCAAGAAAACCUGGCUCCAAAACAGAAAGCAACUGCAGAACUGGUUUUCAUUUAGAAGAGAAAUCCCAGCACUAUUUGAAAUAUUUAGGAGGAGAUGAUGAAAAUGAGUCGCUGCAGGGGUCUUCUUUGGUUUCAUCACAGAGAAACUCUUCUAAUUCUGAUAAUUGCUCAUCCUGCCUUAGUGAGGGAGACAGCAAUACAUCCUUUUCAAAUCCUCGACAUCCAGAAUCAUCAUCAACGUCAGAUUCAGAAGAUUGCAGCCAAAAGUCAGAAGGAAGAGGAACUUCAGAAAUUAGGAACGGCUUUGCUGAUUGUUAUGAAGUUGCGCAACAAAAGGGGAAUGCUACUGGUAGUGGUGUUCAUGUUGAGUGCCUUACACCAGAUGCUGCAAGAACAACUACAGUGCAAAGUUUUCCUGUAACAGCUAAUUCAACUUGCAGUAGUGGAAAUAUGAAUGGGGCUUCUCUUGGAACUCAACCUCAACCUGUGCAUCCACCAGUCCAAAAUCAAGGCAUACACUUCCCUUUGUUUCAAGCUCCUGCAAUGGGUUAUUAUUAUCAAAGUCCGGCUUCUUGGGGAGUAGCUCCUGCGAAUGGGUUAAUGCCAUUUCCUCAUCCAAACCACUAUGUAUUUGCUAGCCCUUUUGCUUAUGGUCUGAAUGCUUAUACGCAUUUCAUGCAGUAUGGCGGCCUACAGCAUCUUACCCCUCCUGUUGUCAAUCCUGGUCAAUUCCCUGUUUACCAGUCAGUUGCUCAAACAAAUGACACGUGCACAAAGAAAAGUGCUAAUGAUACAACUAUUGGUGGGUUAAAAGAUGCCCAUCACAAAGCUAAUAUGCAGAGGAUGGGGCAGCAUACAACAGAUAAACCAACUGUAGAAGCAGGUCAAAACGAGAAGUCUGGAAGUUCGGGCUUCUCUCUUUUCUCUUUCACUCCUGAUCCCUUUUCUUUAAAACAAGGGAUUGCGAGGAAUAUUUCUUCAGAUUUGACAGCUGAUCACACUGAGGGUGAUGGCGGCUGCAUUAAGAAAGAUCCAGUUGAAGAGUACAACCCGUUUGCAAACCGGAUUGAGUUUCCUUUUCCUGAUAUAGUUUGUUAACAGCGAUAUGAGGUGGCUGCAUGCCAGGUUUCAGGUUAUAUUCUCUACUGAGUAAUGGAAGAUUGAGUACUUAUAAUGUCAUACAGAAUAAUCCUCUCAAAAAAUUUAGCAAUUUUUUUCUUGAUGUAGUUGAUUGGUUUUGUUUUGUUUUGUUUUGAGUUGUAAUCUGUUUUUUUUUCUUGCGUAGAGAGAGCAAAGGUUGAGAGAAUGACAUAGUGUUUCGAGUUAAAAUUGUAUGCAAUGAGCUUUUUCCUUUACAGAUAAAUGCGGUGUUUGAUCGGCA